AUACAGUAAGAGAGAAGAUCGGAGUUGGAAGGGUCAAAUCGCGAACUCGUCUUCAGGCCCAGCCCAUCUUCUAGUUUUUUGGAAGCCCGGUCUGGCUAUGGAUGGGCCCAUCGGCCAUUGCAUCGAGCUUAAAGACUGGCUCAAGCAUAUUCGCAUCGAAGAGAACACGGCGUGGUUCCUGUACACGAAUCCGGCACGCACAAAGCGGUCCAGCGCCACACGUCUCAGGGGCGCCACGGUGGAGGAAACGAUAAGCUGAUAAGGUAACACAGUAGACACAGUUGCUGGAGCAUCUCAGCUUCCAGGAGCGCGAGAGAAAAUCGAUCAUGGCGAGAGCCUGCAGCCCCGCGUUGAGGCUGCAGCUGCCGCCGAACCCGCCGAUCACGCCGCAGCUCCCGAGCUGCAGGACUCACUCCGCUGGCGCCAGGUGCAGAGGCUUCGCCGCCGCCCACUCGCAGCCGCCUGCAGCCGGGCGCCCGGACGAGCCUGCCGCGGAGCCGUCACCGAAGCAACCGGAGAUCGCGCAGACGCAGAACCUCAGGAGGAGCCGCAGGAGGGGGCCGGGGUCGCGGCAGAGCCUCGUGUCCGUCGGGACGUCGUGCGGCGGAGGGGAUCAGUGGAGCAGCGACUUCGACCUGACGCUGCGGCAGCUGCACCUAGACGACCUCAUCGAAGACGGCCAGAACGACGACGCCGACGUCCUGGUGCACCUCCUAGUUCAGCAGCAUACUCAGUUUGGAAUGUCAAUCAAAGGCCGAGUGGUCACGUCCUUCAGCAAAAUAUGCGAUUCCUGCUCCUCGCCGUACUGCGCAAAGAUUGAUGAGCAGUUCAACCUCACGGUGCUGUCCUCAACCAGGAAAGAACAGAGUGAGAUGCCUGAUAUUGGAGACAGCGAUCCAUCUGUUAUCUACGUGAGACCAGGUGUAGAGGUUGAUCUUGACUCCGUGAUCCAAGAGACGAUACGGCUAACGGCAUCUGCCAAGAGUUCAUGCUCAGAGGCAUGCGAAAAAUCUACUGUCGUAUGGCAAUAUGGUGGUAACCAGAAGAAGCGUUACAGCCAACGGUGGUCGAAACUUCUGGACCUGAAGAAAACUCUGGAUAAGGCGGCUAACUGAACCACGACGCACAUUCAUUCAACAGAAUGAACACAUGCUAGUACAAAAUGAGUCAAAUGACGCUGGAACCCAAGACGCAGCGGAUUGCUCUACCAAAAUACAAGUGUUUCUGGCUAUAUAUCUUAUAUCCGAACAAGGAACGGAGGGUGUAGCAGAGAAACAAGCUGCAUCGCAACCCGCUAGCUCUUCGAUCUGAUCAUCUGAAUCCUGUGUAUAGAACUGUGCCAUGUAUACGUAUAGAUGACAAUAAACAUCACUGGACACGAUUAGCCAGUUAGCACACUGUAAAUUUUUUGGGGAAAAAUGAAUCAGAGUUUCUGCCAUUUAUCCCAAUCAA